GCGCGGGCGCAGCCGUAGCCGCAGCAGCAUGCUUUACUGCGGGCGUUCCCUGCCACGUGCCAUAGCGCCAUCGCUGGGGCAGUCUGCGCCAUCCGUAUCCCGACGACCAUCACCGGUCCCGGCCAUCUAUCAUCCUUGUGGACAUACCGUAUAGAAGUCGCGAUCGCGCUCUGUGCCAGCCCUAUUCCGGCGAUCAUCACGGUCCCGACCAUCGUCACGCUCGUGGACAUCCCGACGUGCGGCAGACGCGAUCGUUACCGUUCCGACAUCGGCCAUGGCGGGGAGUGCUAUUCUGUGUACUAGAAGGAUAAGCGUUCGAUCCUCCCCUGCAAUUCGCUAUCUGACGGGGCACAGAGAAGGCAGGUCGAGGGAAUUCUACGGAGGAGGUAGCGGUGUGAGGAGGGGACGAUGGUGGCUUGUGGAGGGAUCGAGUGGAUCAGAUGACGCCACGUGGACAAACUGCAGACAAAUCGGUACUGUCAACGAACCGCGGCCGCUGGGCAGCCUCUGCGCGCCGGUCGCCGCAGCGGCGGAAAGAGCAAUGCCGGGGUCGCGACCCUACAACCCGGUAUGCCAAUCCGCCGCCUAUGUGCCGAUGCAACUAGUGAUUCCGAACCUGGGAGGAGAUCCAGACCAGGUGCGCGACCAGGGAUGCAGCGAUCGGGCAGGAGGUCGUCGCGGCCGGAAUCCCAUUGGGUCAGUUCUGCUGGCGGCGUUCGGAGGAGCACUCGGCGCGCUUCAAACGCUGAGGCUGUGUGAGGCCGAGGGACAGCAAUAUUCGGGAGAGCGCCAUGAGCACAUCGCCGCCCGAUUGCCUCCGUCGCUCAUCAUUGACCUGCAAGCAAUCCUGGGUGAUGGUGACAGAGUUGUGACAGAUGAUGAAGAGUGUAAGGUGCAUGCAAUACCAUGGAACAGUUAUCAUGACAGCCCUGCUUGCCCUGGUGCUGUUGUGAAUGGAACUUGCAACCUGCUCACUGUAAAUCAGAACACCUACCACGAGGCAAAGCGAGCUGGGAUGAAACUGCAGCUCGCAGAUGCGAAUUUCAGUCCACCCCAACAUGGUGUAUGCGCGAAGGUGGUGGUGGUGGAUGCGCGACAGCACAUGCUAGGGCGCCUUUCAUCGAUCCUCACCAAGGAGCUUCUCAAUGGACAGAAAGUGGUGGUCGUACGAUGCGAGGAGAUCACACUUUCUGGUGGUCUGGUUCAGCAGAAGAUGAAAUUCCUUCGCUUCUUGAGAAAGCGUAUGAACAUGAAACCGAUCAAGGGUCCUAUUCACUUCAGGUCCCCUUCUCGUAUUCUCUGGAGAACGAUCCGUGGUAUGGUCCCUCGUAAGACGAAGAGGGGAGCAGAAGCGCUGGACAGACUGAAGGUGUAUGAGGGUGUUCCUUCCCCCUAUGACAGGAUGAAGAAGAUGGUUAUUCCUGAUGCUCUGAAGGUGCUUCAUCUCGCGCCUGGCCACAAGUUUUCAGGCUUGGACAGCUCUCGGGCGAGGUUGGCUGGCAUCACUGCGAGACCAUCGAUACUCUGGAGGCCAAGCGUUGUCCAACAGGAAGUGCUGGUUGAACUAGUGGAAGAACAAAAGCAGAUUCUGGCUGCACUGCAGGCUCGUCGUCCCAUGAUGAGGCAGCCUCUGUAUGCUGUAGCUCCCCCAUCGGUUGCGGGUCCAUUAAUGACGUCGCCGCCGGCUGGGCCCUCAUUCUCACCUAUGUUUGGCACGCCCCCUCCAGGUGGUUAUGUGGCGACUUGUGGUUCGGUCCUUAGAGUCUCUGUCGUACCAUCCACGACUGUGGUUACUACAGUCCCACUGUCAAGUCGGGCCCAGGAAUGGGAAGAAAGACGAAGAAGAGGGGGAAGAGUUGGUGACAACUCGGUGAGAAAGCAGCACAGUGAAGAAGGAAGAGAAGGACGGGACAGAAGGAAGCACAUUGGCAUGCUCCUUUGCGGAAACGGGCGGAUCGGAGGUUUCACUCGGAGUUUCGACCCGGGUGAACCUAGUGCAGAUGGAUUCGGCAUCAGAUCGACAGAAGAGGUGUUGGAAAUUGUAAAGACAUGUGCACGUUAUAAGGUCCCCUUGAUUCCAUAUGGUGGAGGGACAUCCCUUGAAGGACAUACAACAACACCCAAGGGGGGGGUUUCAAUUGACAUGAACCAAAUGAAGGCAAUAAAGAGGCUGAGUGUAGAGGAUAUGGACGUAACAGUGGAACCUGGUAUUGGCUGGAUAGAGCUCAAUGCAUUCCUGCGUCCAUAUGGGCUCUUCUUUCCUCUGGAUCCAGGCCCUGGCGCUACGAUUGGCGGGAUGUGUGCAACCCGAUGCUCCGGUUCGCUUGCCGUGAGGUAUGGGACUAUGCGCGAUAACGUGAUUUCCAUCAAGGCAGUCACUGCAAAUGGAGAUGUUGUGAAAACAGCUUCGCGUGCACGGAAAAGUUCUGCUGGGUACGACUUGACUCGUCUUCUGAUAGGGAGUGAAGGGACGUUGGGAGUGAUCACAGAGAUUACGCUAAAGCUGCAGCGCAUCCCUGAAGCAUCAACGGUGGCCAUGUGUACGUUUCCAUCCAUUAAGGAUGCUGCUGAUGUGGCAAUUGCAACGAUGCAUGCGGGUAUCCAGGUGGCCAUGUGUACGUUUCCAUCCAUUAAGGAUGCGGCUGAUGUGGCAAUUGCAACGAUGCAUGCGGGUAUCCAGGUAAGCCGUGUUGAGCUCUUGGACGAGGUGAUGAUCAAGGGUCUCAACAUAGGAUCAGGACGCUCGCUUCCAGAGAGACCAACACUGAUGUUCGAGUUCAUUGGAACAGAGUCGUCUGUGAAGGAACAAACAAAGUGUGUGGAGGGAAUCGUAUCUGCGCAUGGUGGUAGCAACUUCGUGUUCGCUGAGUCAGCUGCUGAGAAGGAAGCAUUAUGGCGGAUGAGAAAAGAAGCACUGUGGUCGGCUGCAACUCUCAAACCGGAGUCUGAACCAAUGGUCACUGUAGGUGAACAUCGUCAAGCUCAUUUUCAUAGCUACCUCAGUUCUUUCUUUGUUAACUCUUUGGAUUCUUCAUAUACAAAGGAGGCAAACAACUCUUUUGAGUCUUAUCUGCUUCCUUGAUCACUGAAAUCCUCUGUCGCUUAAUUGCCUUCAACUGAGUUCGUAACUUUGUAAAUGAAAAUCAGCUUCUCAA